AUGUUCGACCUCGAAACAGUCGCAACUAUCAGCGGUCACUUCUCGAUUGUUGGCUGGGUUCUGGCAGGUGUGUACCAGCUAUAUGUAUCUGCGCUCGACGGAACCGCAGACAGUUUCAGUCCGUUCUUUCUUGUUGGGUAUGUUGUUGGCGAUAUUUCCAACGUGGUAGGCUGCUUCUGGGGGUCGCAAAUGGGAUUCCAGAAGAUCAUCUCUAUAUGCUCGCUAGUCACAGACUCCCUCAUGGCGCUGCAGUUUAUAUACUUUCGUCGAAAGCAGUCCCUGCAGCCUCGCAGAUCAGCCGCUCUCCUCCGGCCUGUAGCAUACGCUUCAAUGGUAGCGGUAUCAAUGGCAUCUCCACUAGAGCCGCCGAGCAAGAUUGGUGGCAGUACACAGCAAUUACUGAUUGGGCAGUCGUUCGCCUGGCUGGCCGAGACCUUUUACGUGGGAGCGGUUGUUCAACAGGCCUUAAAGAACUACGAAAAGAAAAGCACUGGUGCUGUGUCCCGUUUGCUUUUCAUAUUCGAUCUGUUCGGAAGUCUCUCUACGCUGCUGACCAUCUUUGUGACGUCUCGCACGUUCGGAUCUACCACGGAAAGCUUUGACUUCCUAGCCACAGAGCUGCCUUAUCUCGUAGGGGCUGCUCUCUGCGCAGCCAUGGACGUCGUUCUGCUCUACCAGUACAGACUGUACCCCUGUCAUUUGGUUGUUCUAGACGGCUACCAGACCAUCUCCGUCGAACCGCCAACCAAAUACGGCUCUAUUUAA